ACAAAGGUUGGGACUUCCGUCGCGCAAGGCGGAGGAAUUUAAACGGGACACAGGAAGAGAAAAUAUUGUUUCCCUAUUUUUUUUAGGUUAGCAUCUAGUGCAAUCUAAUCCUACUUUGUUCAGAAAUAUCCCUUCCAAGGACAAAAUUGGGUUAAUGUGAGAAUACCUUUUCGGCAUACUUUGCUAGCGCCAGCGUCUUGUUACUGAAGCUCAACAGAACCUACAGAAUCUACCUGUGAAUCCAGUCUAAAUUCCUGUCAAUCAUGAGGUCCUUGGCUGUAGCUGUAAUCCUAUGUGCACUGCUGCCACUGUUCCAUGCUGGCUGCUGGUUUGAACAAGCUAAACCAGGCAUGACGCAGUGUCUUUACGACAAGGAUGGGACGUGGCAUGAUACCGGGUCCCGCUGGAGGACCAGUGAUUGCAUGAACUGCUAUUGUCAAGCCAACGGGGACAUGCAAUGCUGUCAGGCGUAUUCUGAGCCCACAAGAUUUCCUGAUGAUUGUAUGAUGGAGUUUGACCAAAAGGCGUGUAAAUACAGCGUGUUCAAGAAGACCGACCGCUCCACUCCAUGCCCUAUCUACGGCGGUAAGGGGAAGUGAUGGCUUUUCUUCCCCCGUGUUCUCAGGGAAUGAAGAAUGAAAGGGAAAAUUACAGUAAUUGUUUUAUAGAUUUAAUUGACAUAAUUGUUAGCUUAGCUCAGCCAUACUGUCGGGUAACUUUCUGUUACUGUAACGAUUGAAAAGCCAUACUGUAAUGUGUAUCAUUGAAGAUCUGUUAUCAUCUGCGCUGACUGUGUCAUGAGAAGAAGAACCUGGGUUCAAAUACUAUCUGAACCUGUGAGCGUUUGAUCUGUCCUGCCUGGAGUGCCAGAUGGGCGGAGUUAGCUAUUUUGGGACAAUUCUAUUGGUUCACAAAGCCAGUGUUUCCUGACCCUGGACCUCGUACCCCCAACAAGACAAAUGUUUACUGUAAACCUGGACAAGCACACUUGAUUCAACUUGUUAACUAAUCAUAAAGCCUUCAAUCAGUUGAGUGAGUUGUGUUUGUCC